AUGAUGGAAAAGAUUCGGAAAUCGAGUUCUUUGCAGGUUAAUCUAAGCAAGCUCUUGACUAGUUUAACCAACGAUGUUAUAUGUAGAAUUGCUUUGGGAAGAAAAUACGGUGGUGAAACGGAUUUUAAGGAGUUAAUGGAGAGGUUCACGAGGCAGUUGGGUACGCUUAGUAUCGGGAGUUAUGUACCGUGGCUUGGGUGGAUUGAUUGGGUCAGCGGUUUGGAGGCUCGACUCAAGAAGACGGAAAAUGAUUUUGAUAAGCUCUUGGAGAGAGUUGUGCAGGAACAUGAAGCUGGAAAGUUCGAUAAGACCGAUUUUGUUGAUGUAUUACUCGGCGUUCAGAAAGAGAAGAGCAUCGGGUUUGAGGUCGACAGGUUAAGCAUAAAAGCAAUCGUCUUGGAUGUUUUUGUGGGUGGUACAGACGCAUCCUCCACGCUUUUGGAAUGGGAAAUGACAGAGCUUCUAAGUCACCCAGAGUGUCUAAAAACACUUCAAGACGAAGUCCAUACAUUCUGUAAGGGCAGAUCAAGUGUAACAUAG